GUGGCUCGUGGAGCUGAGCUUGGUGGCUUCAUCAUGGAGCACAUAUUGUGGAUUAUUGAUUUGGAGGAUUAAGUGGGCUCUGCCACUCCUCGGUUUGGGUGUGGGUACAACAGUGGAGGGGCCUCUGGAGUCGGCCCAGGAACGAGCUAUUCCCAUCUUAACAAAGACUACGGCCUUCGGUGUCACGCCCCUCUGCUUCCAAAUAACACAGCAGAUCCAAUAGUGCAAGCGAUUAUAGAAUCGACUUCUACAAGCCAGAUUCUAGCAUAUGAGCUCUCCCUCUAUGCCCUAAGACUGGCCAACCUGGGAUCAGCGCAGGAAGGCACGCUUCCUUCUUUGUUCUCCGCGAAAGAUGCGCAUCCAAUGCAUUUGGUUCCCAGUGCACGAAUUACAAGCUUUUAUAAGAAACUAUACCAUACCUACGUCAUAACAAAGAGUGGUAAAGUACCUACAAAAAUGAGUCGCAUCUACAUUGAAUACGAUUACCAGACGCGCGUCAUAUUUCUUGCAGAUUUCAACUUAAUCGGCUCCGAAUUGGCCGACGAAUGGGCCACAGUGAUGACCACCUCUCCGAUUGAGUCAAAUGACGAUUGUUUUAACGCGGAAUUUCUAGAGAAACUCGAGCAGCAUGAAGUGGGCCACUUCGAUGAUGUCUACCAUAAAUUUAUGCCGGAUGAAAUCACAGGGUUCAUAGCUCUAAUAGAUAUCAAGUGGCGAAGUAUCGCCAAGCAGAAAAUUGCCUCAAUGAACGGGUUGAGACUCGAAAAGGAAAAAUGCAGAGUUAUCUCCAAAACCUCGACAGUCAGCCUCAUUUGUGCAAGGUGA